UAAGAGACAGACACGGGGCCAUGCCGACACAUCACACCAAGAACAUACUGUCGGGCACAACAUGGGGCUGCGCAGCGUCCAGGAAAUGGUGAGUGGCAAGAGGUCAGAGGUCAGCGAGGGCCGUGUCCGCGACGGCGAGUAUGAGUACAAAACGUCGGUCAGUCGGCAGGAGCGAGAUGAUGGAGGCGACCUCCGCUCACGCUGCCAGCUGCUGUCCGGCGACUCGUCGGAAGACGACAGCGGCGGUGAGCACGACGAGGUCAGCGCGGUGGCCCUCAACUUGGACAAGUGCGGACGUCUGCGUCUGGAGACGGUGGAUGACCUGUUCAACAUCCUUCAGCUGAGGAAGAAGAGGCGGCAAAGGAAGGCCUCCAUCUUCAGGAAGAAGUCGGCGCCGUCCACUGAAAUGCUGCCCGACACGGUGGAGGCGCCGCUCUUCUUUGCCGCCGCUGUGGAGAACAAGAUGGCUGUCGUGCACAAGUACCUGAACGAGGGAGGAAACCCCGACGCCGUCGACCAUUUCCAGAGGACCGGCCUGCACAUGGCCUCCUUCAAAGGUCACGUAGAGAUCAUGACUGCACUGCUGGACGCUGGCGCCGCCAUCGAAAGGCAGGACAAACUGGAGUCGACGGCGGUCCACUGGGCCUGCAGAGGCGGAAGCCUUGCCGCCCUUCAGCUCCUCCUCCAGCGGGGCGCCAAGAUCAGCGCCAGAGACAAGCUGCACAGUUGCCCUCUGCACGUGGCCGUCAGGACGGGACACGUCGAGUGUGCCGAGUACCUCAUCCACUGCGGCGCAGACAUCAACGCCAAAGACAGGGAUGGCGACACUUGCAUGCACGACGCGGUGAGGAUCAACCGCUUCAAGAUGAUCAAGCUUCUCAUGAUGUACGGCGCCAGUCUCAACGUCAAGAACUGCGAUGGAAAGACGCCGAUGGAGACGCUGUACGCGUGGCAGAACGGCGCCAAGAGCCUCCUGUUCAACUUCAGCGAGGAGAGGGCGGAGCUUAAUGAGAAGAUUAUGUGACACCGAUGAUGUCGUCACAUGUUUUUGGGGUGUCCUCCCUGUGGCUGAUUGUUGACGUCGCUGCUUCGAUGUCAACUUUGUGAAAAAGCGACUGCGCGACACUACGGUCAAAUGUUGCUGGACGACAUUUGGGAGUUUUUCUUCACGUCGGCGACGCUUCCUCAAUUUUUUUCCUGUUUUCCUUUUUCCUUCUCUUCCUCUUGUUGAUGAUUGACGGCCGGUGACAGCUUGUACUCACUUUAUUGAUGUUUUAAUCAACUUGGAACUACCCUGUGUCCCCUGAUGAUGACAUCACAGGCAGACAUCUUAGUGAGCAGCAUUAGCAUGUUUUCUUUUUUGUUUUUCUAUUAUUUAUCUUAUAACAAUGAUGGAUGGGAGACAGAUGAAAUAAAAAGGAUAUAGAGUACGUAAAGAGAGAUCCCGUCGUGGCAUCCAAUGCAGACGUGAUAAACGAACAGUGAGGACUUGUAGAAACUUUUUGGAAAUGUUUUUGAACAGGCAGGGAUUGGACAACGGGCGACUAUUUAUUGAUUUUGAAGUCAUUUGUCUAAGUAAAUAAGUGGUUUAUUUAUUUAAUUUAAUAAAGACGAUCAAAAUUGUUUGCUUGCAUUCAGUUGAA